AUGACAUCUCUUCACGACCUUCCCGACGAACUCUUGCGGCUCAUCUGCGAAUAUGUCCAAGAACACACAGCUCUACGCGAUCUGGGCUUGGUGUCGCGAAAGUAUCAUGCCAUCACAUUACCGUACAUAUGCAAGCAUGUAGACACCCGCAGGAUAUCUGUCCCACAGCUUAUCAAUUGCCUGCACAAGAGACCUGAAGUUGGACAAGGCAUUCACGCGCUUGACAUAGGCGACUGGCCAGCCUUGAACGAUAGUCAAGAUCAGGUAAACAAAAUUUGCACGAAUGUGCUCGCCGACAGGAGUACCUAUGGCAAGCAUCUAUCAUCAUAUAUCAAGAAAGAAACGAGCACCUCACGUAUGCUGUUACGAGCUCUGCUAGUGUUAACACCCAAUGUUGAGGUAAUCAAUUUCCACAUCACUCCUUACAACACCUUCUCUUACACUACAAUGUGUGCACUGGCCUCCUUUAUCACAUCAUUCCAAUUCUUGGAAGAGAUCAAUGUAUCUCACGAAGAAGGAGGUCUCGAGUUCAGCAUGGAGUUGUAUUGUCCUUUGUUGAAUAUAGCGCGAGCUCUUUCAAAAUUGACCAUCUCAAAUUGUGUAUAUGCGGAACUAGAAGAUCUUCCAAGGGGAAGCUACCCUCAUCUGCGCGAACUGAGGCUGAAGUCUGUGAAGCUUUAUGGACCUCAGCUCAUAUGGAUCAUGAGGGCAUGCUCUCGCCUAGAGAUCUUCGAAUAUGGGACAGAUCAUGAUACCAAGUUCUGGAUGACACCACAACAACUAUCUACGGCUCUUCAACCCGUGAAGAAUUCCUUGAAGACAUUGAUCAUCGAUCUGACAGCGCAAGACAAGCUUUUCCGGGGCAUUGACCCAAUCAAAUCUCUUCGCGAGUUCACUCAACUCGAAGAACUUGUUCUCUCGCAAGAGGACAUCGUCGAUAAUACAAACAUACAAGUUCGUGAAGAAUACCCAGACCUUAUCAGACCAUUCUUUGUCACCAUGCGAAAUCCUAUAGCUGACAAACUGCCUACAUCACUACGAACCUUGCAAGUCAAAAACACAGACCAGACGUUUGACUAUGAACUGGGCAAGCUUGCGAUGGUGGUAGAGUCAGACCUGCCGCAUCUCAAGCUGAUCAGGGUUGAUCACGACUUUGGCGAGGAUGCGGAAGUAAUGUUCUCCUUUGUCGGGGUGUUUCUGCAGCUCCUCUAG